AUGAAAAUUUAAUUUAAAAUGUAUUGUUUAAUGUUUUUUAUUACAUUUAUGAUAAUAUUAUUCUUAAUUUUUUAUUUUAAUUAAAUUUUUUUGUAAAUAGAUGCUACAAUAUGCUAAAGAAGCAAUUUCUAAUAAAUUGGAUAGAUACUCAGUGUUGGAGGUGGAAAGAUAAUAAAAUUCUUUUUUAUCAAAGAGUAUUAUCAUCUGGUAUUUUUUACAACAAACAUAAGGUUUUCAUAAAUUGCAUCAUAUGACUUAAAUACUUUUCAAACAGUAAUGUACUAUACUUGUGCAUAAUAAUAAAAUGAUUGUACUGUUUUAGUAGAUGCUUUAUAUGAUAGAGAUCAAAAUUUUAUUUUAUUGAUAGAUAAGUUUGGAAAUUUUUAGGCUAUUAAUUACUCAGGACUUUAUUUAGCAAAAAUCAUUUUAAAAAUACCAGAUUUUAUGCAACCGAAAUUCAAUAAUUUAAAAGGACUUUCUUUAGAUUUAAGGACAAAUACAUUGCUGAUAUAUAAUUCUCUUUCAGUUUAUUACAUACCUUAUGGAGAUUUGAAUGAUUAUAUGAAAUAAAUAAAAUAUUCAAAUUAGUAUUUAUUUGCCGAUAUUAGCUUUAAUAACUAAGAUUUGCAAAAUAAUACUUAUAUAAUUUUAGGAUAAUCAGGGAUUUUAUAUAAGUAUUAAUAAGCACAAUAGAACUUCUUUUAUAAUUUUGAUGAGGAAGCCAUACAAAUCUAAUACAAUCAAUAAUAAUAAAUUCUACUUAUUGCAUUUUUAGAUAAAAUUACAGUUUUUAAAAACAUAAAUUAGACCAGUAUUUAAUAAAUUUCUUAAAAAUUAAUUUAAAAGUAAGAAAUACUAUUAGGCACUAGUUAAUUUACUAGAUUUUUAAGUGAAGGUAUUUUUUUAACUCAAGAUUCUGUAAUAUGGCAUUAUGACUUUUCAACAUAAAUGAUACUUUACAAGUUUUCUUUCGGUCAAUUUUCUUUGAGAAUAAGCAGUGAGUUAUUUUCUGUCACAAAAAAUUUACUUUUGCUUGGAUUAAGUAGCGGAGAUUUAGUGAUUUAUAAUUUAAUUGAAAAAUAAGAAAAAAUAUUUAAACUAAGUUAAUUUGAUUAAUAAUAAACUGCUUCUGUUUCUAUUUCUUUUAUCAAAGAAACUUAAAGCGAAUUUUUUAUAUGCUUUUCAAGUGCUUUAGGAGUAUUCUAAAUUAGCAAGACAACUUAUAACAUAAGGUAAAUGUUAAAAUUUUAAGAUAUACAGAAAUACUAAAUAAUAUAGGACUCUACUAUUUAAAUGUUUGAGGUAGACGAAAAAUUUUCAAGAAUCUAUCUCAAUUUUGUAUCUGAAACAAUAUUAAGAAGGUACUAAUAUGACUAAAAUCCUUUAAGUUUUAAAUAUAUUAUGCUCACUAAAAGGCAGUAAAAUAAGAUAUAAUUGGGUAAUAAUAUUUUGAUUUUAUAUUCAUCUGCUUUCAUGCUAAUUUACGAUAGACAAACUCUUUAAUAUUUGAGUAGCAUUAGAAGAUUAAACAAUCAAUAUUUUAUAACAGAAGUGAAGUUAAUACUAGAUUAGUAUUUACUCAUAAUUAGCUAAUAAAGAGUUGAAUUUUUUAUACUUACUAAUAUCUAAUCUCCAAAACUAGUUGAUUAAGUAAAUGUUACCAAUCCUAUUAUAGUAAAUUUCUAAGUUCAAAGCUCUAAAAGUUAAUUAAAAUAUUAUUUUAACCCAAAUAUUUUAUUUGCAAUUAUAUUGGGAGAAAAUCAAAUCAUUGAGAAAAGAUAUUCAUUAGAUUAUGAGGAAUCUGAUGGUGAAUAAAAAUAUUGCUUUGCUAGUUUUUAAGUAUAGAGUUAUUAUUAGUUUUUUAAAGAGUUAAGUUAAGUUAAGCCAUAAACAUAUCCAAGCUCAACUUAAAUAGAUAUUUUAGCAAAUCCAAAUUCAUCUUCAUAUAAUUAUUUAAUGGUGAAAUUUUCAAAUUAAAACAUGUUUCCUUUAGACAAUUCUAAUACCAAAAACAGUUCUGUAGUUUUUUAUUCAAGCUAGAUAUCUACGCCUAUUGAGAAUAAUCAGAGUAUAAAUUAAUUGAAUGUUAAUAACUUUACUUUAUUUUAUAACAAAAAAUAAGAUGUUUAUCUAAGAGACUUCUAAAUAGUUUUCUAAAAUAAUACCUUUAUGAAUCAUUCUGAAUAAAUGAAGAAUAUUAGCUUUGAAAAUCUUUAUUUUGAAAAUUAAGAACUUACAAAUAUAAUUUGUUCAUACUUCAAUUUAACAAGUGUUGUAUUUAAAAGAUAUACUUUUUUUAAUUCUUACAUGGGUAUAUCAGAGGGAGAGAAUAGUGGCUCAUUUUUAAAUUUCUAGAAUAUAGAAUAAAUAUAUAUUUAUGACUUUGUAAUAGAUAAUAACUUCUCAAAUAAAAUUUAAUUUAGAUCCUUACUGACAGCGAAUAAUGUAACUAUACUAGUCAUAAAAAACCUAACAAUCAAAAACGCUUAUAUGGAAGAAUUUAUAAAUAUCUAUAAUGUUCAAUAACUUUUUAUAGAAAAUAUUAACAUAAUUAAUUGUUAAUAUAAAUAGUCCUCGAAUUAUUCUUUAAACCUUUAAUCUAUUUUCUUGAUAACGGGUGUUUAGACAACUACUUUUGAAAAUAUUUCAAUGCUAAACUGCAAAGAUUUAUCUCUAAUAUAUUCAUUAAAUUCAUAAUUGCUUAAGUAUUAAUAAGUCAACUUCGAAUCUGAUACCAUAAUAUUUAAAAAUUUUAAAAUUUCAUCUAACAUCUUCUCAAAUUCUAAAAUCUCACCAUUAAUUUUUAUUAGGAAUUCAUACAUAACAUUUACAAACAUCAAUUACAUUUCAAAUUAAGGAAAUAUUUAAGUGAGUAUAUGUUCUGAGUUUGAAAUUAGUCAAAGUUUUUUAAGUAAUAACUAGAACUAAGAUGGAGGAGCUCUUUCAAUUUAAAAUUGCUUAAAUAAAAUUUCUAUUUCAACUACCACUUUUAUUUCUAAUAGAGCCUUUGCCAGUGGAGGAGCAAUAUUUAUUUCAGAAUUUUAUGGUAAUUUUAGUAUUUAAGUUUCUUCAACAAUUAUUAGAGAUAAUAAUGCUUUAAUUGGAGGAGGCUUAAGGAUAAUAAACCAAAAUAAUGAUAAAUUUGGUUUUAACUUUUGGAAUUAAAUAAAAUUUGUCUUUAUUAAUAACACUGCCGAGAUAUAUGGAAAUAAUUUUACCACAUUUUUGCAAGAUAUAUAAGUAAGCUUACCUUAAAACCAUAGCGAAUUAGGAGAAGAAUAAGGGAAUAACACUUUAAAAGAUUUCAGAACCAAAGACCAAUUGAAAAAUAUUGAAAAUGAACUGUGGUAUGGAGUAGCUGUUAUUGAUAACUUUAGAAGUGGUUCAUAUUUUAUUUUAUAGCUUAGUUUAAUUGAUUUAGAGAAAAGAGAAUUUACUUAUUCGCCUUAAAAACUUACCUAGGACCUUUACCCUCUUUCAAUCUCAUAGGAAAUAACUAGUAUUAAAUUUAAACUAGAAAAGGUUUCUCAGUCUUCAUUCAUUUCAAUUACUGGUUAAGAUAUUAUAACCCAUUAAUAGUUUAUUGGAUAAAACAACAAAUAUAUAUUUAAAUAAGUUUAGGUAACAUCUUUGCCAAGCUCCCAGCAAUACAUUUAAAUUUCUUAUACUUUAAAUCUAUAUUAAAAAGUUAAAAAUAAACCAAUUUUAGUUAAAUUAAACUUGAGAAAAUGUUAGAGAGGUGAAAUAGUAAAGUAGAUAAGUAAUAAUAUAUUUAGUUGUUUUUAAUGCCCUGUUGGAUUUUAUUCAAUAGCUGACCCUGUAUAGCCUUCUUAUCAAUAAAAUGCUACUGACUCUACGAAUACUUCAAGUUAAUAAUGUAAUAAUUGCCCAUUUGAGGCUUUCUUUUGUUAAAGGGACAUAAUUGAAUUGAAAAAUGGGUAUUGGCGAGAAAGUGAAUAAUCUACAGAAAUAAUACAAUGCAACAGCAUCUUUAAUGCAUGUCAAGGGUAAGAUUCAAAUAGUAAAAAUUACUGUGGUUAUGGAUAUACAGGUCCGGUUUGUAGAGAAUGUGAUUAUUUAGGGAAUACUUGGUAUGGUAAAAAGUUUUCAAAAUCUCUCCAAAAUGAAUUAAAAUGCAGUGAAUGCUUAUUUUUGUAUCUAUAAAUUACCAUAACGAUCUUGUUUUUUUUAUCUUUUAUGAUUUACCUAUAGCUUUAGAUGAUUUUAUUCAUGAAUAGCUUUAUGCAACAUUAAAUUUGCUACUAUCUACGUAUUAUGAAGAUUAUUCCAAUAUUAAACAAUUCAAUAAAAGACCAAUCAAGCUUUUACCUUAAAAUUCUAAUUAAUUUCACCCAGAUAUCUUCUAUCUUAGUUUCUUAUCAAAACUCUAUUUUCCCUGACGUAUUCUCUGUAAUACCUUCCUUUUUUGGAUCUCCAACAAGUUCAAUCAUGAUUAGUAUUAGUUGUCUUGUAAGUUAACUUUCUAAAAGCGAGAUAGAGAGAAUUCAAACUCUUCAGAUAUUACAAUCGAUACUACCUUUUCUUUAUUUGAUUUUUUGCUUAUUUGUAACAAACGUUUUACAAUCUAUGAAAUAAUUUGACAUCAAACAGUAUCAUAAAUUUACUCUUAUUAACCUAAUAUUUGUAAUUUUCUAACCGAAUUAAGUUAGCUUUUUCUCAAAUCAGCUCGUUUGUACCAAAGUAGGAUCUAAAUAUUAUGUAUCUUCUGACAUGCAUAUUGAUUGCAGUGAUCCAGCUUACAGGAAAUUUGCUUACACAAUUUCAAUACCCUUUUUGUUGUUCUGGAGUUUCCUUCCUCUUUUGAUAUUCUUUAAAUUGAGAAAAAGAUCAAAAACUUUAGACUACUGUAAGACAAGAUACAUAUUUGGAUACUAUUACACUGAAUUCAAAAAUGAAUUCUAUUAUUGGGAUAUAAUUAGGAUUUACAUUAGAGUAUUGAUUGUGGUUCUUUCUACUUUGCUUAAAGAAUAUUCAUUCAUAAAUUAACAGAUUUGUGUUUUUAUUCUCUAUAUUUACAUCAAAAAAGCAAUCUUUUAUUCUCCUAUCGUAAAUAAGAAUUUACAAAAAUUUGAUAAUUUUUGCUAUUAGGUGAUCAUAUUCAACACAAUUUUGUCUACCAUAAACUCUUCUCUCUAAUCACAAAUUCUUUUAGUUAUAAUUUGGACAAUUCAUUUCCUCUUUAUCAUGAAAAUAAUAUUUUAAAUAAUUAUUUUCAAGUUCAAUAAUCCUUAAAAUUUUUUCAGAAAAAAUUUAGUUUCUUUACUUUAAAAGUUGCAUUUUACUAGUUUAAGCUAAAACCUUUAAAGCCGCUAAAACAAAGAGAAAAAAUCAUUGCUUUAUUGGAAGCAUAUUUUUAAAAACAUUUAAGUCUUGAUAAAAAAAUAAGCUUUUGAAUAGAUCAAUUAGAACUCAACAUUCAAUUAUUUAAGCUAGACAUAAAAUUAAACAGUAUUUCUAUAAAGCAUACGUAACUUCUAAGCUAAUUUUAUUGAGCAAAAGGCAAGCUUAAUUAUAAACUUAUAAAAUUAAUCUAUUUUUAGUUCACAAAAUGAAAAUCCUAUAAAGCCAAAUUAUGAAUUUUAACAGACAGAAACAAGAAACGAGAAUACUAAUUUCCAUGAUAAAUAAGCUCAAUCUAAUGAAAUUUACUCAUCUGUCUCUAGUAAAUCGAAUACAGGAGAAUAAAAAGAAACAAAAAUUUUGCUUGAAAAAGAAAAUUUAGAUAAAUCUUCUGAGUACAUUAAUGGAUUAUAAGAUUUGGAUUUAAAUUCUAUUCCUCAAAAUGCUAUUUUUUAAUAGAAUUAUGAAACUCAAUUCAAGCUAUUUUCUCAAAGAUAAAAUUUAAAUUCACCAGUUGAAAAAAACUGA